CAGGCUAGGAGGUAGAAAUGUGCUCUCUCCACCGGGUAGUUCGGCGACAUGAUUUAUAACGUUUUUCAGACUUGCAGGAGAAAAUGAAGCGAAAUGUUGAUGGACAGUCGAGUUUGAGGACUUCCUGACUUUAAUGGCUGACAGUGAGUGGCAGUGUGUACGGCGGGGCAGAGGAGGAGCCCGCAAAGGAAAGUUUUCUCAGUCGGAAAAAUCACAAGCCCACGAGUCUGUGGACCGGGAGCGGGACAGACACAGAAUAACAGAGGCGAUCAAUGAGCUGAGGUGUGAAGACUUCUGGCCAGAAUGGAAAGAGAUUUUGUCAGGCUGCCUGGCUGAGACUGUAGAUAAAACAGUUGAAGGAACUGAUUGCUUUAUUGAGUGUGUAUGUUAUGGCCUGGGCAACUUCUCCUCCAGUGUGUCUGCUAGAUAUCAGCUUGCCAUGUUGCUCCUGCUGUUGGAUGCAUUGCAGAUUCCUGUGGGCUGGUGUAGCCUGUAUGAUCCUGUGUUUACAGUGUCAGAAUGUGAAACGCUCAGAGAGUUGGGCUUUACUGUGCUAACUGAAAAUGAGGAAGGGAAGCGAGCAGCAUACCACCCCACCCUCUUCUACUUGAUGCAUUGCGGAAAAGCUCUGUACAACAAUCUGCUCUGGAAGAACUGGAGUCCUCAGAUCCUGUCAAAUAUCAUUAUUAUUGGCAACAGUUUUCUUGGCAUUCAGGAGAGGAUGCUCCAGAAGGAACUUGAAAGAGACUACAAUUAUCUUUCAGAUGUAUCCUUAAAAGUUUUGGGUAGAUAUGCUAAUUUUACCACAGGUAUUACAACACAAAAACUGAUUUAAACUGUUUAUUACGGAAACCAUAUAUAGUCAGCUGAAAAUUGGGCAAUUUGAUACAUUUAUUAAAGGAAGCAGACUCAAGAACAGUGUUCAAUUGCAAAUAUCAUCAGCAAUGUGAGAAAUGUCCAUAAAGAAAAACAGAGUGAAAUUGUGGAACUAUGGACUUGGUUGUUGCAGUUGUGUAAUGUUUUUGUUAUAAAAUAUAAAGUUGCAGCCCUUGACUCUGUUGUGUACAAGGUAAUAAAUGUGUGUGAGGAGACAAGCCUGCCCUGCUCACAACGUUUCCUAGAUGUGUUUAAUGACACUGCCUUAAUCCGGUUCCCUCCACACAAGCUUCGUAAACUCCCAGAAUCAAUCUGGGAUGAGCCUUCAGAGCCCCAGUAUGAGCACUGCCAAGAGCUGGAAAUCAUUCAGUCAAAGGACCAAAAUAAAGAUAAUACGUGUGCUUAAACACAUUAGUGUGUGUGUACGCGUCCAUCCCCCACAAAGUUAGUGCUUUUUUGGCUGAUUUAUACUUCUGCAUAGACUCUACCCUGGAAGAUGGUGCUGAUAUACAUUUAACAAGUAUUCCACGAAACAGAGUCGUACAUGAGCUGAUAGCUGACAAGGCGCAUAGCACCCAGUUGGCUAAAACCAUGUACGACGAGAUUCAGUGGAAUAAUUAUUUUAUUAUAUCCACAUUCACUGGAAAAAAAAUAAAAAUGCUACGUUUCUCAAAAUCCAAAUGCGAUAAAUAAAAACUUUCUACAAAACGUUAGACAAAAUCAUUUCCGCUUAAACUGGCGAAAUGACAGUAGCAAUUUGUGAAAAAUGCUAUAAUUCUUGAAAAAUUUAAAAGGAUACAUUCUUACCGUCAUACUUUCUUGCCUUUUUUUCGUCCUCGGUUGGUUCAGUAAAAUGCUCUGCCAUUUUGUUUUUCUCUACCCAUGGUAUAAGAGCUGAUCGCCUAGUUGUAGAGCAGCCAAUCAGAGUGCGCAAUUGCUCAUAUCCAGUGAAUGUGGAUAGAAUAGAAUAAAUAUAUAUGGAAACAAGUGUUUUACUGGGAAAUUCACCACUUGUAUUUUCCAGAUGAGCUACAUCCGGGACAUGGAGAUCCAAAACCGUGACAUAAAUCUCUAAAUGUCAUUCGCAAGGAAAUCAAUGAAUUGUUUUGAUAAAUUUGGGUACUUUGUGUUUGUGAAUGUGUCUGUAUAAUAAAAUCACAUGUUGGGUUAGAA